AGCGGGCUCAAUCAGAGAAUGCUUGUUUGAUAAGGCUCUCGUCAAGAGCCGACCUCUCUCUCCUCUCCAUAGCUUUUCUUUCUGUCUUGGAGACAGGUACUUUGUUUGCUAGCGGUCUAGAGAAAUUUGAUUGAUAGGGUGCACACUCAUAUAAAAGUAGAGGCAUUGCUCAAACAAACCACAUCAAGAAAACAAAAACCCUCUCCAUGCCAUGGAGCCUAACGCCAGCAAUAACAUGCAACCUGAUAAUUGCCUGGAAAUAACACCUAUGGAGGUGCACAAGGUUGUCCCACCACCCCAUAGGAGCACCAUACAGAAGCUCAAGAGUAGACUUAAAGAGACCUUCUUCCCUGAUGACCCUCUGCUGCAAUUCAAAAGACAGCCAUUGGGCACGAAAUGGAUACUUGCAGCUCAGUAUGUCUUUCCCAUUCUUCAAUGGGGUCCUAAUUACAGCUUCAAGCUUUUCAAGUCUGAUAUUGUUUCCGGCCUUACCAUUGCCAGCUUAGCCAUUCCACAGGGCAUCAGUUAUGCUAAGCUUGCAAGUCUACCUCCCAUAGUGGGUCUCUAUUCUAGCUUUGUUCCUCCUCUUGUGUAUGCUGUUCUUGGAAGCUCCAGGGACCUUGCUGUAGGACCAGUUUCUAUUGCUUCUCUUAUACUGGGAUCAAUGCUUAGGCAAGAAGUAUCUCCUAUCAAUGACCCUCUCUUGUUUCUUCAACUAGCCUUUUCUUCGACUUUCUUUGCUGGCCUCUUCCAGGCUUCGUUAGGAUUGUUAAGGCUUGGUUUCAUCAUCGAUUUUCUUUCCAAGGCAAUUCUAAUUGGAUUCAUGGCUGGAGCUGCUGUCAUAGUCUCUCUCCAACAACUAAAAAGCCUCCUUGGAAUCACUCAUUUCACCAAACAAAUGGGACUCGUUCCUGUUUUGAGCUCUGCUUUCCACAAUAUCAACGAGUGGUCAUGGCAAACGAUACUGAUGGGGUUUUGCUUCCUUGUGUUCCUUCUACUGGCUAGACACGUCAGCAUGAGAAAACCAAAGCUGUUUUGGGUUUCAGCUGGAGCCCCUCUUGUGUCUGUGAUCCUAUCUACUAUCCUGGUUUUUGCAUUCAAGGCACAGCAUCAUGGGAUCAGUGUUAUUGGUAAGUUGCAAGAAGGGCUAAAUCCUCCCUCAUGGAACAUGUUGCAUUUUCAUGGAAGCAACCUUGGACUGGUUAUUAAAACCGGCCUUGUUACUGGCAUUAUUUCCCUCACUGAAGGCAUAGCAGUGGGAAGGACUUUUGCUGCUUUAAAAAACUACCAGGUUGACGGUAACAAGGAAAUGAUGGCAAUUGGAUUAAUGAAUGUAAUUGGCUCCGCCACUUCCUGUUAUGUUACAACAGGCGCUUUCUCUCGGUCCGCCGUCAAUCACAACGCAGGAGCCAAAACAGCAGUUUCUAACGUUGUAAUGUCAGUGACAGUUAUGGUGACACUCCUCUUCCUAAUGCCUCUAUUCCAAUACACACCAAAUGUUGUGUUGGGUGCCAUCAUAGUAACAGCAGUAAUUGGCCUCAUAGACUUCCCAGCUGCCUGCCAGAUAUGGAAGAUCGACAAAUUUGAUUUUGUAGUGAUGCUGUGCGCAUUCUUUGGUGUUAUUUUUAUCUCUGUACAGGACGGUCUUGCCAUUGCGGUAGCAAUAUCAAUUUUCAAGAUCCUUCUUCAAGUUACAAGGCCAAAGACUCUGAUUUUGGGAAACAUACCUGGGACGGAUAUAUUCCGUAAUCUUCAUCACUACAAGGAUGCUACGAGGAUCCCUGGUUUCCUCAUUUUAAGCAUUGAAGCUCCAAUCAACUUUGCUAAUACAACCUACCUCAAAGAAAGGAUUGUGAGAUGGAUAAAUGAAUAUGAAACCGAAGAAGACAUAAAGAAACAGUCAAGCAUUCGUUUUCUGAUCCUAGACCUGUCAGCUGUCAGCGCCAUCGACACAAGCGGAGUCUCACUCUUUAAGGAUUUAAAGAAAGCAGUGGAGAAUAAGGGAGUCGAGCUUGUGUUGGUGAAUCCCGUGGGGGAAGUGUUGGAAAAAUUGCUAAGGGCCGAUGAUGCCCGUGAUAUCAUGGGGCCUGACACCCUUUAUUUGACAGUUGGAGAAGCUGUGGCUGCACUCUCAUCAACAAUGAAGGGUCAAUCAUCGAGCAAUGUGUGAUAAUGAGAGAAUUGUAACUAUUAAUCUCUUAUUCGACAAAGAAAAACAUCAAUUGUAUCAGUAGUGCAAAGAUAAGCAUUUUAUGUUGAGCAGCUUUAAUGUGAUUGCAUAUGCUUGAUAUAGUAUUUCUUAGGCAUCUUAUAUGCUAAUGUGUCUUACACUGUAGUGAUGCUUCAAAAGUUCAAGCAUCCAUAGCCUGCAGGCAUUAUCUGGAACUCAAGUUUUGAAAA